GCAGAUCUGCGGGGGAAGUUGCGCAAAAAAAAAGGAAAAGAAGAAAAAAAAAAAACAAGGAAGGAAUUUAACUCUUGUUUUCUGCUUCUCGGGUUUCUCCUUAACUUCAUCGCGAAGCGCCGCCGGAGCACGCUCUUUUUCUUUUAAAAUCGGAAACCAGCGUUAAACAGAUCCAACUCAAGUCCAUAACAGGCGACUGGUGACUGGGUCAUGGCAGGAAGAGGCGGUGCUACAAGACCUAACGGGCCGAACGCAGCCAGCAAUAAAAUCUGUCAGUUUAAACUAGUGCUGCUGGGCGAGUCUGCAGUGGGAAAGUCCAGCCUGGUGCUGCGCUUCGUCAAGGGCCAGUUCCAUGAGUUUCAGGAGAGCACGAUAGGAGCGGCCUUCCUGACUCAGACGGUAUGUCUGGAUGACACGACGGUGAAGUUUGAGAUCUGGGACACAGCCGGUCAGGAGCGCUACCACAGUUUGGCUCCGAUGUAUUACAGAGGAGCGCAGGCAGCCAUCGUGGUGUACGACAUCACAAACGAAGAAUCAUUUGCACGUGCGAAGAAUUGGGUUAAAGAGCUUCAGAGGCAAGCCAGCCCUAAUAUCGUAAUAGCUCUGGCUGGAAACAAAGCAGAUCUUGCCAGCAAGAGAGCACUGGACUUUCAGGAUGCACAGUCUUAUGCAGAUGACAACAGUUUGCUUUUCAUGGAAACGUCAGCGAAGACGUCGAUGAACGUGAACGAGAUCUUUAUGGCUAUCGCAAAGAAACUCCCCAAGAACGAGCCACAGGCACCCGGAUCGAGUGCAGGCCGAAAUCGAGGAGUGGACCUGGCAGAGACAGCACAGCCUGCCAAAGGGCCAUGCUGCAGCAACUAAUCACCAAACGCACACAUUCUCACCUCCCAACUAACUCUGCAUCACUUCUGGACAUGGGGCGCAUCCUUCCAAACCUCGCUCCCUGGAACUGCUAAAGACUCUGUAUAGCUCUGUUUCUAAUACUGUUUUUUUUUUUGGUUUCUUUUUUUAUUUUUUAAGCAAAUAUAAGUACUUCAGUAUAAUGGAUGCAUGUAUCACUACAAAGCCUAAAUACACAUUUUUAACUUAACACAGGGGGAAAGUUAACUAGGUCGAAUGAGAGAGAGGAAAAACGAAAGCUUAAUCGUGUGUGUGUGUGUGUGUGUGUGUGUGUGGGGGUGCGUGCAUGUUGUAUAGUGUCGUAUUAAGGAUGUGGAGGCACAGUAAUAUGUCCUGACGGGGUUUGGUGGCUGUUGAAUGCUCGUAUUUGCAGCUAAGUCGAGCCGUACGUGCAGAUUUCAGCGUGUUCGAGUGCCAUAGCGGUGAGACGAUUAAAUCAAAACAACCGUGGCGGUCUGACCAAGAACAAACCUGAUCCUAGUCAAAGAUGCUACCUAAACGAUCACCGUAAUAUGUAUAAACGAUGUAGAGAGAAGCUGGCUUUUGUAUGUUUUGACUGUUAAUCUGGUCCAAUAAUUCCCACGUUUAAAACAAAAAUCGCUCAUUCACUAGUAAAGCGUCCAGGAUCCGUAGAACCUCUUACUUUAAUAUUUAAUAUUGACCAUUUUGGUGCCCAAGUGCAGUUCUUCAACGGGAAGUCACUUUCCCCCACCCAUCUCGCUGACUUUCGGUUGAAUCUCAGCUCGGAUAUCGGGUCGCUUAAAAAGAAUCGGACGGAUGCAAAAUCGAACCUCUGUUUAUCCGAGCUAUUUGUUGUGUACCUAUUAGAGAGCGGUUAUCGUUCUGUCUAAGAAUCCACUGUCUUCUUGGAAAUGAUUAAAGUAUUGCUGGCU